AUGACCCUCCCCGGCAUUCCAACUCACCGUAAACAAAUUGAGGAUGACGAAUUGGGCGACGUGGGCAGAUCUCACACCAUCCUGCUGGUGCAACCUACCAAGAGGCCUGAGGGAAGAACGUAUGCCGACUAUGAGUCCGUCAAUGAGUGCAUGGAAGGUGUGUGCAAGAUGUACGAGGAACACCUGAAAAGGAUGAACCCCAACAGUCCGUCCAUCACAUACGACAUCAGCCAGCUAUUCGACUUCAUUGAUGACCUGGCGGAUCUCAGCUGUCUGGUGUACCGUGCAGACACGCAGACGUACCAGCCAAACAACAAGGACUGGAUCAAGGAGAAGAUCUAUGUGCUACUGCGCCGUCAGGCCCAGCAAGCCGCCAACUGA